UAUUGCUCAUUCGCGGAAAAAUAGUGAUUGUGGAAACAUCGUUUAUGAUUUUUUCGUGUAUGUGUGAAUUUAAUUUCACAACUCAUCGCAAAAAUUCUCAACUUUUUAUAAACCAGAAGUAGUGAAUAAUAAUAUAAAGAGCGAGACAACUAAUUAACAAAUAACGAAUUGUUAAAUAAAAGUGUUUUAAUUAAGUAAUAAUCAUUAUAAAGCUUUUCGUUAACCUUGUGAAAUAGGUUUGUUUUUUGGACAAAGAACGUGAAUUGAACAUUUUUUGAUUUACAUUUUUUCUUUGAGUUUUUGGUGCAAUCGAUUUUUUGCCAACGAACAACCAAACCAAUGAGUAAUCAUUAUUAAUUUUUCGAGCACUUUUGAUUUCUAUCUCUGUGUGUAGAGUACGAAUUUAUUAAAGAAAGUUGGAAAAUAAAAAUCCCAACAAACAAUAAAAGAGUACGAACACAAUUAGAUUAAAUUGUGAAACAAGAAGAAAGAAAACAUUUUUAACAAAUACUAACUUGCAAUUAAUCAUGAAAUUUGUUCCAACAACAAAAUUCAACGUUAAUAAUAAAAAUCUUGUUCAAAGUGAAAUAACUGAGGUGUGUGUGCAAGAAUUCAAUAUAAAUAUUUAUACAACGGCCACUAAACAAUCCAAUAACAAAUUGUGCUUGUCUAGAAAAACAACUCAAGUGAAUUUUAAACGAAAUCAAAGACAAAAUCAAGUGCAAAAUUUAAGUAAAAAGAAUACAAUUUUUAAAAAUUGGAAAAAUCAAAACUUUUGCAUAGCCACUUCUUGAUUAAGUGCAACUAAAAAAUAAGAAAACUAUUUUUAAUAAAAUAAUAAUAAUAUUGUGCUAAACCAAAGUGAAUAUUUGUUUAGUUAAUUGGAUAUCCUCAAAUAAUUAAAAAAAAAACAAAAAACUUUUUAAAAUAUAAAUUAAUUGUUACAAAAGAAAAAAGAAAACUAGUAGUUAAAAAAUUUACCUCGUGUUUUACUGUCACAUUUUUUCAUAUUCUUUUUGAGUUUAAAUUCUUAAAUUGCGCGCGCGCUUCUACCCUUUUUUGCUUCACUAACUGCCCGGCGUGUCCAAAGGAAAUUUUUUUCCUUGUUUGUUAAUUUUGUCUGAGUGUGUAUUUUCUGUGCACUUGCUCAAGGCUAAUACUAACCAACAACACCACCACCUUCGACAACAACAAUAUUGUUGUCAUCAUCAACACCAUCAACACUAGUAAAAGAAAAAAAUCACAACAAAUUUUUCUCAAUAAAUACAGGGUGUCUUCGAAAACAUCUGGUGAUUUAAGGAAUCUAAGAAAGGAAGAAAACAUCAAGAUUUCUAGCUCAACAGCUUCUCUAUUUUCUGUUAAAAUUUCUAAAUCUUUGGAAAAGUCUAAAUACAACAAAAAAUCCAACAUGCCGCGUCGCAAUAAGAAAGGUGCAAAAGGACGCCUUGGUGAUUCCAACUCAGAAGAUGAGUCAUAUAAUGAUAAUGCAUCUGUAUAUUCAUAUGUUUCGGAUAAUGCUCCCUCAUCUGUUAAUGAUACCGAUGAAUUAUCUUUAAAUGAACGUUAUGAAGAAAAAUUUAUGCAAGCUUUGGAAAAUGCUACAGAAAAAUCAGCACAAACUAGAGUUUCGGCAUUGGAAAGUAUGUGCGAAACUUUAAUGCAUCGUUAUAUGCCCGAUUGUGUUGAUGAUCGCAAGGAGACACUGAUCGACUGUAUAGAAAAGAGUAUACGUCGUGGUAAAGGCUCCGAACAGGUUUGGGGUGCUAGACUAGCUCCUUUACUCGUCUUACAAUUGGGAGGUGAUGAGGGAAUUUCAAAGGCUUUAAAUCAAUUUUUGCUAACCACUGUCCAAGAUAAAUCGGUGUCGUUUGAUGCCCGUGCAAAAUGUUGUACUGCAUUGGGUUUAUUGAAUUUCUUUGGCAAUUUCGACAUUGGUGACCUAUUGACUUUGAUGCAAUUUUUUGAGGGCAUUUUUAGUGGAAGUUAUUUGAAGGGUGAUGAUAAGACACCCAUCUCCGUAAAUGCAGAUGCUGGUACAUUGCAUGCUGAGGCUUUGUCAUCAUGGGGCUUAUUAUUGACUAUGAUACCACCCGGAGAUUUUGUCUCCUGGAUGACUAGUGGUCAAUCAAUGCUGCCAUCAUUUAAAAAGCUUAUGGGUCUUUUACAAUCUCCUCAUUUGGAUGUACGUAUGGCUGCUGGUGAAACUUUAGCUUUAAUUUUAGAGUGCGGUCGUGCCCACGAUGAGGAUUUCCUAGAGGAGUACUUAAAUGAUUUAAUUGAUGCUGUCAAACAAUUGGCUACUGAUUCGCACAAAUACCGCGCCAAGCGCGACCGUAAAGCCCAAAGAGCAACAUUCAGGGAUGUAUUGCGUUAUUUAGAGGAGGACAUUUCACCAGAAAUUACUAUACGUUUUGGUACUGAAAGCUUAGUUUUAGAUUCAUGGGCCAUACAUCAUCAAUAUUCGGCCUUGUGUGUUGUAAUGGGUCCUGGUAUGACCUCACAGUUACAAGAAAAUGAUUUUAUUCGGGAAAUAUUCGGUUUAGGAGCCAAACCUAAUCUAAACAAUGGAGCAUCCAGAGUCAAAACCUCUAAGUUAGAAAGACACUUAAUGAACGCUGCCGCCUUUAAGGCUCGCACUAUUUCAAGAGCUAAAAAUCGUGAUAAACGUUCUGCAGUUUUUAACUAAAAUGAAUCAACAAUUGAAAUACCUAGUUUGUAGUUUUAAAUUUUCUCAAUAAAUUUAACUUGUUAAAUUUUAGUUCUAUCCAUGUUUUUACGCUCCUUCCUUUUUUAACUCUGAAUAUAUAUUUUAUUUAAAUAUUUCCUUUUUUAUCCGAUUCAUUUGAUUUGUUCAGUUAUUAUUAAAUUGUUAGUUUAAUUUUAAAAUCUUUAAAAUAUUUUAGAGAAAAUAUUAAACACAUUGUAUUAAAAUAGAAUAAAAAACAAAUAAAUACUUUAGAUAUAUUUAAAUAAAUAUUUUAACAAGUAAUGAACUAUUAAAAACACAUAAAAUAUAUAUCAAUGUAUAAUACAUUUAAUUAGUCAAUGGAUUACAGAUAGUAGUGUAUCAUAAUAUUAAUGGAUAUGCAAUUAUUUUGCUUACCAUCUUUAGAUUUAAAUGAUUAGAUAAUAAGUUUUGUAAUCAUUAGACUUUGCAAAAUAUUAUGAAGUUCUUUUGCUCUUAUAGUUUUUGGAACUUUAAUAUAAAAUCUCUCAAACUCAUAUACAUACCAGCAUAUGUAUAUAUUUUCGGUUAACAUCCCUGAAAGAAAUUUAAACCCUCUACGCUGACAAAGCAUUAAAUUAGUAAUUUAUGUAUGUAGUGUAAAAAUAUUUUUAUCAAACAUAUACAUAUAAACUCAAAUGUAUCCAAACUGUAUGAAACAUUAAUUUUUAAUUAAAUACAAAUAAAAAUUAGUCUCAAUUACAGAUACAAGCCGA